CCGAAAACGCUGCUUCUGCAAAUCAUUGUGUGUGUGUCCGUUUUUGCGGACAUUUGUUUACAUGUUUUCUGAAUAAAAUCUUUGGUAUAAAUUGUCCAAAUUGCUAUGAAUGAAAGCGAGCCAAUGGAGACCAACUCCCCAACGACAAACUCUGAACUUAACUUUAAUCUGGACGACAGCAAGCAACCACGCGUUGGCAGUAGCGUCAGCAGCGGCGGCGCGCCGACUGCAGCCGGCUUUUGUUAUUGCGGGAAGGAGCGUAAUCUGAAUCUUGUGGAGCUCCUGUGCGCGACAUGUGCACGCUGGUUUCACGAGUCCUGCAUCAGUUAUCAGCUGGGCAAGCUGGUACCGUUUAUGACAAAUUAUGUAUUUGUGUGCAAGAAUUGCUCGGCCAGCGGCCUCGAGAGUUUCCGCAAGAGCCAGGCUACAAUUGCCCAAAUGUGCCAUUGUGCAAUUGCUAAUAUGCAACAGGCUGCUCUACGCGAGGGCAAGCAGCAGAUACAGUUCAGCAAGGACAAGGAAAUUAUACCCUAUAUUGAGCAAUACUGGGAGGCCAUGACCACAAUGCCCCGUCGCUUGACACAGUCCUGGUACGCGACGGUACAACGUUCUCUGGUCAAAGAUGUGCAUACACUGUUCACUUACGAGGAGCAUGCAGAGCUUGGCGCCAUGUAUGGACUCUUCAAUCAGGAACUGCGCGCCAUAAAGCCCAACUACGAAAGCAUGAGCAAAACAGGCGCCUUGCGCAUCACUGAAGACGGCUAUACGCAGGCCACACUUGCGAAGAACAAUCGGCAAAAGCGAAAAUUUCCUGGAACCGACGCGGGCCCCACUGGCAAAAAGGGUCGUCCCAGUUCGGAUGUAACAGCCAAUGUGAAGUUGCCACCUCAUGGUUACCCCCUUGAGCAUCCGUUUAACAAAGAUGGCUAUCGAUACAUUCUCGCUGAGCCGGAUCCUCAUGCUCCUUUUCGUCAGGAGUUCGAUGAGAGCUCAGAUUGGGCGGGUAAGCCUAUUCCCGGCUGGUUAUAUCGCACACUAGUUCCGCACGCAGUGCUUCUUGCUUUACAUGACCGUGCACCCCAGUUAAAAAUCUCAGAAGACCGUUUGGCGGUGACCGGGGAACGUGGAUAUUGCAUGGUGCGGGCCACUCAUUCUGUGAAUCGCGGACGCUGGUAUUACGAGAUCACCAUUGAGGAGAUGCCCGAAGGCUCCGCCACGCGCCUGGGUUGGGGCCGCGAGUAUGGUAAUCUGCAGGCACCGCUGGGCUAUGAUAAAUUUGGCUAUUCUUGGCGCUCGCGAAAGGGCACAAAGUUUACCGAGAGCCAUGGUAAGCACUAUAGCAGCGCCUAUGUCGAGGGUGACACUUUAGGCUUUCUUAUUGAGCUGCCCGAAGAACCGCACAUCAACUACCUGCCUAACACAUUUAAGGAUCGUCCAUUGGUUAAAUUCAAAUCGCAUCUCUACUAUGAAGACAAAGAUAAGAUAACAGAGACUUUAAAAAAUUUGCGCACAUUGUACGGCAGUAAGAUUGAAUUUUUCAAAAACGGACAAUCUCAAGGGGUGGCAUUUGAAGACAUCUAUGAAGGCGGAUAUUACCCGGCUAUUUCUAUACACAAGAGCGCCACGGUCAGCGUAAACUUUGGUCCUGCUUUCAAAUACCCGGAAAUUUUAACUGAGCGCAGAGUAAAAGGCAUGAACGAGCGCGUGGAAGAGCUUAUUACGGAACAAUGUCUAGCAGACACACUCUACCUCACAGAAAACGACGGACGUCUACGCUUGGACAAUCUGGGCCUUUAGCCAUGUCAACAUAUAUUUUCCCACAUUUGAAAUAAUAACCACGAACUGAGUUCAAUCA